AGACAAAUGAAAUCUCUCAAUGGAUUUUUGCUUUUCCUGAUAAUGGCUUUUGCCAUUCUUCAAUCAGCCCAAUCUCAAAAUCAAUCAGGAUUUAUCAGCUUGGCUUGUGGAUUAGAGCCUAAGAGUGCAACCUAUACGGAGAAGACAACGAAUAUAACCUACAUAUCAGACGCGGACUAUAUUGACAGUGGAUUAGUCGGGAGGAUCAAUGAUUCAUACGAGGGACUGUUUCAACAACAGAGUUGGACCUUAAGAAGCUUCCCUAAGGGUCAGAGAAACUGUUACACUUUCAACCUUAAAGAGAACAGUAAAUAUCUGAUCAGAGGGACUUUUGUGUACGGAAAUUAUGACGGUCUUAAUCGGAUUCCUAAGUUUGAUCUUCACAUUGGUCCUAACAAUUGGACUUCUGUUACACUUGAAGGAGUAGCAAAUGCUUCCGUCUACGAGAUCAUCCAUGUUUUAACACAUGACCGGCUUCAAGUUUGUCUUAUCAAAACAGGAGAAACGACACCGUUUAUAUCGUCCUUGGAACUUCGUCCGUUGAACAAUAAUACGUACCUAACUCAAACUGGAUCGUUAAAGUUGUUCGCUAGAAUUUACUUUCCGAAGAUUCCAUCUUCACUCAGGUACUAUGAAGACGUUCAUGACAGAGUAUGGGCUCCAUACAGAAAUAACAAAACCGUGUCGUUAAGUACUAAUCUCACAAUCAAUACAAGUAGUGGUUCUUACGAUGUGCCUCAAAAUGUGGCAAACUCGGCAGUUUUUCCGGCAAAUGCUACUCAUCCUCUCAAUAUAUGGUGGAAUCUUGGCCACAAUGCACCAUCAUAUAUAUACAUGCAUUUCGCAGAAAUCCAGAAUAUUGGCUCUAAAGAAAUCAGAGAAUUCAACAUUACUUACAACGGUGGUAAGGUUUGGGAAAGUUUCUUUAGACCUCGCAAACUCAACAUCAAAACUAUCUUUAGUCGAACAGCUUUGAGUUCUCCAGAUGGGAAAUUCAAUUUCACUUUUACAAUGACUGAAAAAUCUACCCUUCCUCCACUUAUCAAUGCCCUUGAGGUCUAUACAGUCGUUGAAAAUUUGGGGCUCGAGACAUACCAAGAUGAAGUUACUGCUUUGAUGAACAUCAAGAAAACAUAUGGAUUGAGUACAAAAAUAAGCUGGCAAGGAGAUCCAUGUUCUCCUAAAAUUUAUCGAUGGAAAGGCGUGAAGUGCCUUUAUCUGAAAUCUGAUCAACCACGCAUUAUAUCCUUGAAGUUGGCAGCGAAUGAUUUGAAAGGUGCCAUAACACCUGAUAUAGCUGGCCUAACACAACUAAGAGAACUAGAUUUAUCAAAGAACGAUUUAUCGGGAGAGCUUCCAGAUUUCCUUGCUGAUAUGAAGUUGUUGACAGUCAUAAACUUAAAGGGAAACCCUAAGCUCAAUCUCACAAUUCCAGAUUCUCUUCAACAAAAGAUAGAUGACAAAACUUUAAAACUAAUUAUUGAUGAAAAAUCGGGUAGAAAGUUUCCUUUGGUUGCUGUCGCUAUAUCGGUGGCUGCUGGUGUGAUCACUUUACUAGCUAUCUUUACCAUAUGUUUCAUUGUUGCAAGGAAAAAACAUAGUGAAGUCCCUAGUAACAUUAAUAGUGAAACGAUAUCAACCGAUCAAUCAGUCAGAAAGGAACGAAUAUUCACGUAUUCUGAGAUACUAAAGAUGACGAAUAACUUUGUGAGAGUUCUUGGUAAUGGAGGCUAUGGAAGAGUGUAUUAUGGAAGCAUAGAUGGUACGCAAGUAGCUGUGAAAAUGCUCUUUCAUUCAUCAACUGCUCAAGACUAUAACCAUUUCAAAGCAGAGGUUGAACUUCUUGUAAGAGUUCACCAUAGACAUUUGGUGGGACUUGUGGGUUACUGUGAUGAUGGUGAUAACUUGGGUCUGAUUUAUGAGUACAUGGCCAAUGGAGAUUUAAAGGAGAAUCUGUCAGGAAAAAACGGUGGACAUGUUCUAACUUGGGAGAACAGAAUGCUAAUAGCUAUGGAAGCUGCACAAGGAUUGGAGUAUCUACACAAUGGAAGUGUACCUCCCAUGGUCCAUAGAGAUGUGAAAUCUAGUAACAUAUUGUUGAAUGAGCUGUUUGAAGCGAAGCUAGCUGAUUUUGGGCUUUCUAGAUCUUGUCCGGUUGAUGGUGAACCUUAUGAAUCAACAGUAGUUGCAGGAACACCUGGUUACUUAGAUCCUGAGUACUACAUAACAAACUUGCUAAGCGAGACGAGUGAUGUGUACAGCUUCGGGGUAGUGCUAUUAGAGAUCAUCACGAACCAGGCUGUGACUGAUAGAACCCGAGAGGGAUAUCACAUAACAAGCUGGGUUAGAUUUAUGAUCCUUGAAGGAAGUAUUAUGGAUAUUGUUGAUCCAAAACUGAUGGGAGAUUUUGAUACAAACGGUGUGUGGAAGGCUAUUGAGUUGGCUAUGACUUGUGUAAACCCAAUCCCCGAUUAUAGACCGACAAUGCCUCACGUUGUGAUGGAGCUUAAAGAAUGUUUGGAGUCUGAAAUUAUCAGGAAACAAGGGAGUCAGUCAAGUGAUGAGUCAUGA